AUGGCUAAACUGAACAUUGAUGGUGCCAGUAAAGGGAAUCUUGGUCUUAGUGGUAGAGGGGGUAUUAUCGAAGACUCUGAGGGGAAGAUGAUUGCUGCCUUUUUAAAUUUUUAUAGGAUUUGCACCAAUGUAGUGGCCAAAAUGAGGGUCUUACUUGAUGGUCUUCGGCUUUGUGCAGAGUUGGGUUUUAAUGGUUGUCAUGAUGUCCUUGCUCUGGUAGACUCCCUUGGGGUAAACCUUUACUUUUCCUUUUGGGAAAGUAAUAGGGCUGCUGAUUUCUUGGCUAACUUGGCUUGCUCUCGCACCUCAAACUCUUCUUUUCAAUGUGGCCAAAAUGUCCCUCAGGAGCUUAGCAGAAUCCUUCACGAAGACAAGGAUGGUCUCCCAAUUUUCAGAAUGUAA